CCCUCUUCGCUCCCUGUAGUUGCCGUUCUGACGGCGCUGUGCGCGGGUUUGAGUUUCGCGGGAGCGGGCAGCUCACGAUAACAUAAUAUUGUUCAAGUUUCACAGAGGCGCGAUAUUCUCGUCACCCAGGGAGCAAAAUGAGUUUAUGGGUGGAUAAAUACAGACCAACGUCAUUGGCUAAACUCGACUACCACAAGGAGCAAGCAAACCAGCUCAAAAAUCUGGUCCAGUGUGGUGAUUUUCCACAUUUGUUGGUUUAUGGACCGACUGGUGCUGGUAAGAAAACCCGGAUCAUGUGUUUGCUCAGAGAGCUGUACGGACCCGGUGUCGAGAAACUUCGGAUUGAACACCAGUCCAUCACGACUCCAUCUAAAAAGAAGCUUGAAAUCAACACAAUUGCCAGCAACUACCAUCUAGAGGUGAAUCCAAGUGAUGCUGGGAACAGUGACCGUGUGGUCAUUCAGGAACUGAUCAAAACUGUUGCCCAGUCUCAGCAGAUUCAGUCCAGUGCUCAAAGGGAGUUCAAAGUGGUGCUGCUGACAGAGGUGGACCGUCUCACUAAAGAUGCCCAGCAUGCCUUGCGCCGUACGAUGGAGAAGUACAUGUCUACUUGUCGAUUGAUCCUGUGCUGUAACUCCACCUCAAAAGUGAUUGGCCCCAUCAGGAGCAGGUGUCUGGCUGUGAGAGUCCCUCUACCAAGUGUGGAAGAGGUGUGCAGUGUUCUGUCAGGCGUGUGCAGGAAGGAGGGACUGCUGCUUCCUCCUGAACUGGCCAGACUGAUCGCUGACAAAUCUGGCCGUAACCUUCGUAAAGCCCUGCUGAUGUGUGAGGCCUGCAGAGUUCAACAGUAUCCAUUCUCCCCAGACCAGGACAUCCCCGAGACAGACUGGGAGGUUUACCUCAGAGAGACAGCUAAUGCUAUAGUCAGCCAGCAGAGCCCUCAAAGACUUUUGGAGGUCCGGGCACGAUUGUAUGAACUUCUGACUCACUGUAUCCCGCCAGAAGUCAUCAUGAAGGGCCUGGUGACAGAGUUGCUAAGUAACUGUGAUGGACACUUGAAGGCUGAGGUGGCUCAGAUGGCGGCAUACUACGAACACAGACUGCAGCUGGGCAGCAAAGCAGUCUACCACCUGGAGGCUUUUGUAGCUAAAUUCAUGGCCAUCUACAAGAAGUUUAUGGAAGAUGGACUUGACAACUUUAUGUUCUGAGCCACCUUAGUCUAAAAGAAUAAGAUGUAUUAAUUGUUUGUUUUUCAUAAUAAAUGCCAUUUCAAAUGUU